UCAUAUAUGCUGAAGAAGAUAAAUGCACAAUUCAGUGCUUUACCUUAAGUUCGGAAACCUACAGAUAUUUCGUCGUGGAGCUGCAAGUGUGAAGGGAAGUUUGCAAAAGUGUGUGGCUGUCAAAAGUCAAUUGUUUUUAUUGGCUUCGUGUUUAAUUAUAGUUUAUGAAGUGUGGGGGCUAGUGGCCAGUUGUGAAGAUUUUAAGGUUGGAGAAAUAAUUUCAUAAUGUCUGUUUUUGUUUUUGAAUGGACUCGAACUGUUAUAUCUCAGCAGUAUCUGGAUUCCAUGUCCCUUGAUUCUCAUGCAGAUAGGAAUAACGUAAUAAAAGAAAUGGCUUUGACAGCAAAGGUUAAAGUUGAAUGGAAUAGUAACGGCCAGGUUUUCUUGGAAGGAACCUGGCAACACAUAAUGAAAAUACACAUUAUGCUAGCGAAGUAUUUAAAACUCCCAGGAGAGGUCAAUGACGAAGAUGAAAGUGAUGAAGCUGCAUCACCACCCUGUGGCAAGUCCAUGUCGACUUCCAUGCCCAGUUCUCCAGUUCCAAAGGUAGAUGCCAAAACAGUCCUACGCUACAUCAGACAGAAGUAUUUAAAUGCAAGUCGUCGGAAGAACGAACAGUUUCACCAAAGAAAUUUGCCAGUACAAAGCAAGAAAGUGGUACCUGAGGUCGAACAGACUGAUGUUGCAGGGAACAGCGACAGAGAAGUGAAACAAGAGAAUGAAGUUUAUGUAAACAUCACCAUGAGUGGCAGCCUUGACAACUUACCAGGACUGCUGUUGCCAGUCGCUAGUUCCGGACAUGAUCUCGAACAGUUGCCGUACGAGGGCUCACUGCCUGAAUCUGACCAGCUCCUGAAUACAGGUGACCUGCUGGUUCAGCAUAAAGGAACUCUCAUUAACAAGAAUAUUCUAGUGGAUGACAUUAAGAGCGAGAGUCAUAUUACAGUAGUUGAUAAUAGUUCUGGGCAAACAGUGUGUCAUUAUGAAUUGCCUGAUAAUUCCAUUAUAGAAACGUGUCAACGAUCAAACGCCAUUGACAUGGGACGAGAGUUUCUAGAGGAAAAUGUUGAUGGCAUGAAGAAUCUUGUGGCGCAUACAGUGCAUGGCAGUGCAGAUGUUGGUAGAAUUGUUUGGCAUAGUGAUGACAUUCACUCUUUUCAAAAUCAAGUGGCUAAUAGAAAUGAAAGUACAAAAUCUUCGGACAAUGUCUAUCCUCUUAGCUGUGAGCCUGCAGAUUGCACUAAUGGGGUAAAAGAAGAAAUUGAUAUCCAGAAUGUCAGCAGAUCGUGCGGGAAGAAGAAAGAUUAUGAGAAGCUGGCACCAUUCAAAUUUUUCUGCACUCUUUGUUCUUUUAAAUCAAAGCGUGAAAGUCAUUACCAGCGUCAUCUGGAAUUGCAUUCAAAAGUUUCCGAACUAUUCUCAUGCAAGAAGUGUGACUUCACAACAAUCAGACUAGGACAUCUACGGCGACAUGAGAUGAGUCACAGCGAUACAAAGUUUGCAUGUGACAUGUGCCACUAUCAUACUGACCAUCACAAAUUUCUGUUGAGACAUCAGCGCAUUAAGCAUGCCAAUGUGCAGGGACAUGAGAACAUAGCACGGAAAGAAUUGCUGAGGUGUGUCGAGUGUGCCUAUAGCACGACCCGCCCAUUCUUCUACAAGCGACAUCUGCAGGCUCAUACGAGUGCAGACAGUUCUCUGCUUAGGGAAGAGCACAGGUUCCAAUGCCAGCAAUGUUCAUAUAAGACAGGACGCAAGGAGCACUAUAUCCGCCACGUCAACAACGUUCACAACAACAAGCGUCCUUACUUGUGCGACCACUGUGGUAAAGCAUUCAAGCGGCCAGAUGCCCUCAAGCAGCACCGUGUGACGCACGUUGAGCUGGACCCCAGUCUGGGGGCAUUCUGUUGCCCUGCCUGUGGCAAGUGUUGUCGUGCCCAGGCUCAGCUCACCCAGCAUUUGGCUGUCCAUUCUAAUGUUCGUUCCUUCUUGUGUGAGAUUUGUGGAUCAGCCUUCAAAACUCGUGCAGUGCAACGCAAACACGUCCUCACGAUUCACAAGAACCCAAAAGCUUUCUCCUGUUCACAGUGCUCUCGAAAAUUCAACACCAAAUAUGCCCUUAGACGACACAUGAAGCAACACAGUUUGGACAAGAAGCGCAAAGUAUGUGGCAAUACAGAUGAACAUGCCGUUGACGUUCCAGCAAGCAAAACACUCUCACUACAAACAGAUCCUGAGGAAAGCUUGCGUGUGCUGAAGAGUGAACCGAUCUUAAUUCAAGAAGCACCUGGAGCCCAGGUGCAUGAUAGUCAGACUGCUAUAACUGUGCAAGUCAUUGGAUUCAUGCCUUAUUGGGAUACUUAGAUACAGCAUGUGUUCUCGCAACAUUCCUCAACAAGAAAGGUCCAUAGAAGCCAGGAGUUACUCGGUUGAAUGGAAUACAUCAACUUUGAUCUGUGGUGACUGUUGGUUUAUUGGAUUAAAACUAAAAUACGAUAAAGGAGAACAGAAACUAUCUUAGACGCUAGUAUCCUGCGUCUGAAACAUGAACACGGGUGUGUCAUACGUUCUGUAGGCAACCUUAUGGGACAGAAGUACAGGAUGUUCAGCAAGAUCUCAUACUACAGUGUUCCUCGGCAUCAUUUAUAGGUUGCACAAUUUGGAAUCAACCUCCAUGAAAACUGUAACAUAUUUAUGUCUCUUAAAUAAUAUUGUCUUACACUGCCUUACAACAAAGAAACUGCCAGAGGAGUACAUCUCCCUUAUAAAUUCACACAAAAGUGUGUGUUAUUUCUUUUCAUUUCAUGUAAAUAUAACACUCUUACUCGUCUUAAUGUGGCUACACCGGAACAGUUGUUUGGUGUGACCUCGUAGUAGGUGGCGGUGCCAUCUGAAGCAGAAGCUAUGUAGCUAUAAUGGUGCACAGAGGGCGUAUAGAUCACAAACCUGGUAUAUGAUAUGCAGUAUACGCCCAGUUAUCUGGUUUCCAAGCAUACAGAUUCUCAUCCAACCAACUAAGAUUUUAACAAAAAUUUACCACCUUUAUUAAAUUAUUCAGAAACAGAUUCGCAGUGAGCAUGUUCUAGCUCGCCAGCGGCCAUUAGCAUUGCUUCCCGUCCAUCCUUACACAGGUAUCAUGGCAGUACACGUUGGUUGAAUGUGUGAUCUUGUCACAAUAGACAUAUGCAUAGUAUUCCACGCAGGAAUCUGCUUUUUCCUAGGAAGACUCCUGUGCAGAAACUGAAGUGGAAACACAUCUUCACUUUGUGAUGAUUUUCUUUAAGAGUUCUUCUCAUGUAACAGACAGACGCCAUUGCUCCUGCAUGCCAAUUAAUGGGGAGUUUGCUGUAAUUUCAUGUACCAUACAUACAUAACAGGAUUGCAGAGUCCGUUUAUAUAAUUGUCUGCCAUCUCAGGAAAGAAGUAUUAAAAUAGUAUAUUUGAAUUUCCCACUAGCAUGAACAUGAUGAAAACAGAAUCCAGUAACUUUAUAUCGAUGUAAUGAUUUGCAUCGCUAACUGAUGAUCACACUUCCAGGUUCAGGUUCUGACACAGAAUAGGGAAGUUGGCCUCGAAGUAAACUUGCACAUUGUCUUCGGCUCCGUAUGAUGGAUAAUAGAAGAGAGCAAGCGUGAAGGUUUUGAUUGAAUCCCUGCUCAAGUUUGGAUAUAUAUAGCAGAGAAAAUUAAAUGACUAUUAUUAUAAAUUUGUAAUAUAAACCAACUUCCUUACUCAAGGGCCAUGC